CAGCAGCGUUUAAAAAACCGUCCUGCGCGCACACGCCGACUCAAACAACUCUGAGGCGCGAGAAAGCGUUUGGGUUCUUCUCCUGAAGUCCCAUUCGUGGAGUAUAACAGCAAAUCUGUCGUCCUCCACAUAUUCGAUCAAUGGCUUUCAUCAUGAUGAAAAAGAAGAGGUUUAAGUUUAAAGUAGAUGUGGAGGUGGAGGAGCUGUCAUCUGUCCCGUAUGUGAACGGAGUUCUGUUCUGCAAGGUUCGACUGACGGACGGAGGCUUUUCAGAUGAGUCUUCGAGAGAGCCAGUUCUUGUGAAUUGUGUUAAAUGGAAGAAAAGAUUCUCCUUUUUAUGCAAGAUGAGUGCUAAUGCGGGGACAGGCGUGUUGGAUCCAUGCGUUUUCCGGGUAUCUGUAAGAAAGGAGCUCAAGGGUGGAAAGACAUUUGCAAAGCUUGGCUUUGCUGAUUUAAACUUGGCUGAGUUUGCCGGUUCAGGAAGCACCACACGGCGCUGUCUAUUGGAGGGGUACAACACCAAAAACACGCGUCAGGACAACUCUAUGCUGAAGGUGAUAAUCAGUAUGCAGCUAAUGUCGGGUGAUCCUUGCUUUAAAACGCCUCCAUCCACUGCAAUGACCAUUGGUUUUCCUGGAGAAAUAGAGACAUGUCUACAUGAGGACAGAAGAGGAGAGACACAGAAUACAACUCAUAUCUGUACAGAAAACCCAGGAAAAAUUGGCUUCAGUCAUGGUUCUGUUCCAGAUGAACUGGGAAAGAGUGGCCACUCAAGAACCGCCAGUUAUGCCAGCCAGCAGUCCAAGUUUUCUGGCUACAGCACAGGUCACUCACGCUCCUCCAGUCUGACGGAGUUCUCUCAUAGGAGGAACUUGUCUGUGGGCAGUGCUUCCACUGGGAUUGGUAGCCUACCAGAGCCCAGUGAGGACAGAGAGUCCCGCACACAGGCCUGUACACCUUUACCCCAUCACUUAGUCACACCGUCCCACAGUGGGAUCAUAGCCAACAGGCACCCUGUAAAGCAGGACUCGGUUGAGUCUCAGCUAAAGCGAGUGGACGCUACCAGAGUGGAUGCUGAUGAUAUCAUCGAGACAAUCCUACAGGGCAAAGAUUUCAGCCGCAGCAUACUGGAUUCUAGUAAUGAAGAGGAGGGUUUGCGACUAUUUGUUGGGCCAGGAGGCAGCACUGCAUUGGGCUCUCAGCACACCAGGGUUGGUGCUGGAGCUUUUGAACAGGUGGUUAUAAAACGCUAGACUGAACGUCCGUGGGGGAAGGUGAUGUAAUAUCCUGUGUCAAACGAGGGGACAGCAGUUGUCUUCGAUCACAAGUAGCAGUUCUAUACUGGGCUCCUGACAAAUUCAUGGGCUCUAGGAAUUUGUGGAAUCACUGCUCCCCCUAGUGGUAAAGCUCUGAAGACAAACAGAAGCUUUGCUUUAGCUCAAAGUAACAGGAAAUACUUGGCUUGGUAUUGGUUUACCAAAAAUAGUUGGUUAUAGUUCACACAGACAUUUAAAAAAACACUUGGAACCACCGGUGGAACUGAAAAAGCAUGUUACAGUUUUUCAGGACUAUUUUUUUUAUAUGUAAAAUUCAAUUUUUUUUUUUUUUUUCAAAACCACUGACACGGACUGAUGCACUUUGGACUUUUUAUUUGAUGUUUCCUUGUUUAGAUGCUGCUAAUUUGAGAAAAAAAAUCAAGUAUACUAAUUUAAAGUAUACUAUUGAUUACAAGUAUUUUUGUGAGACCACCCAUAAAGGUAGUCUAAAUGUUACAGACGUGCUGGUUUAAAAAAAAAAACUGUAUAAACCGUAAACAGUUGACAGCUAAGAUGGACUGUACUGUCUGUAGGAAGUUGUUUUUUUUUA